AUGGCAUCCACCACCACCUCCUCUGCGCCUGCGGUGACAACCACCGCGCGCGCCAACCCGCAGGGCGUGCUGGAUGGCGGCAACCCGGCCCACUAUGAUCCGAAAAACCCCAUCCUGGUGUUCAUCAUCCAGAUGGGCAUCAUCAUCAUUCUUUGCCGCCUGAUUCACUGGCCGCUGUCAAAGAUUCGUCAGCCGCGAGUCAUUGCCGAGGUUAUCGCUGGAAUCAUCCUGGGCCCCUCCGUGAUGGGCCGCAUCCCCGGCUUCACAGACACCAUUUUCCCUUCCGAAAGCACGCCGGCCCUGAGCGUGGUGGCGAACCUGGGCCUCGUGCUGUUCUUGUUCCAGGUUGGGCUGGAGACCGACCUGCGUUUUUUAAUGAGCCACUGGCGUGUGGCUUUUGGGGUCUCCGCAGCGGGCAUGGUCCUGCCAUUCGGGCUCGGAUGCGCCAUCUCCUACGGGCUGUACAAUGCCUUCCGGAAUGAUCCCGGCACCGUGCCCAUCCAGUUUGGCACCUAUCUACUGUUCAUCGGUAUUGCCAUGGCCAUCACCGCUUUCCCCGUGCUGUGCCGCAUCUUGACGGAGUUGAAGCUGCUCGACACCCGCGUCGGCGUGAUUGUCUUGUCCGCUGGAGUGGGCAAUGAUGUGGUGGGUUGGAUCCUGCUUGCCCUGUGCGUCGCUCUGGUCAAUGCCGGCAGCGGCAUCACCGCGCUGUAUGUGUUGCUUGUAGCCGUUGGCUACAUGCUCCUCUUAAUCUUCGGCUUCCGGCCUCUGUUUUACCGCUUCCUCGAACGAACGGGCAGUUUGCAGAAAGGACCCAGCCAGUCCGUCGUGACCUUGACCCUGUUGAUUACACUUGUGUCGGCCUUUUUCACCCAGGCCAUUGGCAUCCAUGCGAUUUUCGGCGGCUUCGUCAUCGGCCUCAUGUGUCCACAUAAAGGAGGCUUUGCCAUCAAACUGACAGAAAAGAUCGAAGAUGUGGUGGCCGCCUUGUUCCUUCCCCUGUAUUUCACCCUGUCGGGUCUCAGCACCAAUCUGGGAUUACUCAAUACCGGGACCGUCUGGGGCUACGUGGUUGGUGUGAUCGCCAUUGCUUUCACGGCCAAGGUCGCUGGUGGAACGUUGGCAUCCCGGUAUAGUGGGCUCCUCUGGCGGGAGAGCUUCUCGGUCGGCGUGUUGAUGAGCUGCAAGGGUCUGGUGGAGCUGAUUGUCUUGAAUAUUGGCUUGCAAGCAAAGAUUCUCAGCACGCGCACUUUUACCAUAUUUGUGGUGAUGGCCCUGAUCACCACUUUCAUCACCACUCCCCUGACCACCCUGCUCUACCCGGCAUGGUAUCAAGUCAAAGCCGAGCGAUGGAGGCGUGGGGAGAUCGACUGGGAUGACAAUGCUAUUCCGACUGAUAGCCGCUCAGAUAGUGUUUCUGCUGCCAAAGAUCAGCUGAAAUCCGUUCCCGUUCGAAAGUUACUGGUAUAUCUGCGGUUGGAUGGCCUCUCGGGCAUUUGCACUUUGGCAGCUCUUCUCAGUCCCAAUACUGGAACUGCACGGUCGUCACCACGAGUGCAUCCGACGAAAGUGUUGCAAGUGACUGAGCAGGUGGUUGAGGAUGCCGAUACCCCGUCCGAAGAGAACGAAGACGGAACUCUUCGCGUGCAAGGCGUGCGACUGAUGGAACUGACAGAUCGCGACUCCAGUGUCAUGAAAGUGGCUGCGGCCGGCGAGCAUGCCCUGUGGGAUCCCGUCAUCAAUACUUUCCGCGCCUUUGGCGAGUGGCAUGAUUUGUCGCUCAUGGCUGGCGUUUCAGUUGUCCCAGAGCAUUCAUACGCGGAGACGUUCAUUGGCAUGGCAAAUCAAAAUACCGGAGACUUUCUUCUUCUGCCAUGGAGCGAGACGGGUACAUUGGCAGAUCCCCAGAACGGCCUGGAAGUUGACGUGGCGGGCCGCUUUGCGAAUGCAGCCUACGCACGCUUUGUCUCUGACAUUUUGGAGCGGGUGUCCAACCAUGUUGGCAUCCUUAUUGAGCGCAGCCCCGAGGCCCGUGCCGGAAAACGCCCAGACGCCAAACGCCCCGCGAGCGCCAUGAGCAUUCAGAAGUCUGCUUGGGCUCGACCUGCCCUCGGGAGCCAGUUCCAUCACAUCGUUCUUCCAUUCUUCGGUGGUCAGGACGAUCGAUUCGCCCUUCGCUUUGUCCUACAAUUGGCCCAGCACGACCAGGUGACGGCAACCAUCAUCCAAUUCCCGGCGUCCAGUGCAGCAUCCGGAUCCACCGGAGAUCAUCAAAGCGACCUGGUCCUUUUCGAGACCCUGCGUGACUCCCUUCCAGAAGAACUGAGUGAGCGCGUUGUGUUCCAGCGAUCGACUGCGUCAGGCACAAUCAGUGAUACGGCCGCAGUGACUCUUGCAGCGGUCCGGACAGAGCUAGGUCAGGCGUCCCGCAAGGCCAAUAACAUUGUCGUAGUUGGACGACAUCGUGGUGCAGUCGAGACGAUCGAGGAGUCUUCUUUGGAUGAUGGUAUCGGCCAUGAUACUCGUCGGGCGUUGGGACCAGUGGCUACCACCAUGCUGCACCCGGACAGCCAGAUCAAUGGCAGCGUUUUGGUGCUUCAAGCAACCGCUGAUUCUGCAUUUCCCGGCCAGUACCAGUGA